AUGUCUAAUAUUGUUAAGAAAAAGCCAUUGACUAAAAAUUUAAGUGCACCAGCACUCAAUCAUAACAAAUGCUGCGAACAUUGGAAAAAAGUUAAAAAAGUUCAUUUUGCGGAAGAAAGUUUGGAAAAUAAAAAGAAAUCAGACGAUCAACAUUUUGAUAAUCCAAAGUUUUUCACCGUUUUGCAAUUAGCAAAAGAAGUUGAAAAUAUUCGAAAAAUGCAGUGCUCAGCUCCGUGUGCUUCACACAAAUUGGGUUUAAAAAAUUUAAAUUUUAUGCCCGAUGAAAAAGUUUUUCAAGACUUGGUAGAAUUGCGACUCCCGGAAAAAGAAGUUGUUAAAAGUUCUAGAAGUCUAAGCAGUUUAAAAAGUAUUUCAAAAAAAGAUCCUGAACCCAAUUACAGUGAUCUUUUAAAAUUGAAUUCUUCUGUGGGGUAUGUAUUUCUUUCUAGUGCUAAUCCUGUUGUAAAAAAACAAACUCUUACUUUCGAGGGCUGUUCAUUAUAUAAAAGAGCUCAAAUAUUUUUAAAAUCUAACAAAAUGUCUUAA